GCUGAGGUUACCGAGAUGGUUAUGGCAGCCAAAGCCGAUCUUGACCAAGCCCGGGUUCGAAUUUCUGAACUCGAAGCCGAAGUGACGAGGCUAGGCUCGAAGGCCGAUGCUCAGCAAGGAGAGAUCGAGAGUCAAAAGCUCGAUAUCCAGGUGAAGAGCAGGAGGAUCAAUGAUUUGGAGGCUGCUCGAAAGAUAGCUGAGCAUCAAGUACGUGAGCUCAUUGCCUCAUCCCAGGAUAGCCAGAAGAACAAGGAAGCUGAAGUCAAGCUGGCUGUCAGGGAAGGGAAGAAAGAAGUCGCCGAAGCUUACGGCAAGAUCCUGGUCUGUGUUAAGGAGAAGUUUGCUAGGAAGAAAGAUGAGGUCAACGCCUUGGUGUACGCUCAGGAGCUCCAAGCUAAUGCCGACCUCUUGAAGGAUAUGCUGAACAACAAGAUCCAAAGCGUUGAAGAGGAGUACAACCAAUUGGUGGCCUUAUUACCAGAAGCGACAACUGCGUAUGAGAAGGCUCAAGUCUCUGACUUCUCGGUCAGCAAGCUUCCUCUUCCCCAGAUCUCGGAGAGUUCAGCUCCAGUCGAGGCAGCAAUAGGAGGUGAUGGCAAUGUGGUCGAUGAGGGAGUUCCUGCCGGUGCUGGUGAUCCGAUUCAGGAAGAGAAGGAAGAUUGAGAGCUACGGCUCUUUUAGCUUUAUGUUUUGUGUUUUUAAGACUUCGGCCUAAGGGCUUUGUUUCGUUAUGCAUUAUGACUUAGUGCCUGAGGAGGCCUUUAAACCUUAACACUUGCUGGAUUUCAAUAGCCUGGGGAGGCUUUUAAACCCUUUCUUAUGUUUAAAUCGUGGCUAUUAUUUCUGUUUUAA